AUGUCAGACACUGCCAAGAUGGACCACGAGAUGACCGAACACAAUAAUGUGGGCAUUGCAGGAAAUGGCGCUGCUCUUAGUCGCCAAGUUACCGUGGCUUUGACUCCAGAACAAUAUGAGCGUCUAUUCUUCCAGCCGAAUGGCCCUCGUCGUGGCGACCUCGCGAAGAAAUUCGCGAACCCGACCUUGCUUGGACUAGUUGGCUUUCUUGUGCCAUAUACCUCCACUAUCCUCAUCCUCUGCGGUUUUCAGGGCGCUGUUGCUCCACAGAGUUUGGUCGGCCUCAGUGGUGACUACUACUUCUUUGGUGCCCUUGCUAUGGUUCUCGCCGGAAUUGCAGAGUUCAUCCUCGGUAACACAUUUCCCAUGGCCGUCUUCCUCAUUUAUGGGAGCCAUUGGGCUAGCUUGGCAUACCAACAAGACCCUACUCACCAAACAACUUCUGCCUUUAGAGAAUUAGGCGGAGCAACGGGUGCCGCUUAUAAUUCAUCUCAAGGCUUCCACAACGUAUCGAUGGUACUUGCUAGCUUUAUCUUUCUUCUUGGUACCCUCCGCGUGAACGUAUUCUUCGCCUUGACCUUCUUUGGUCUCGUCAUGCUCUUCUCUUUCAUUGCCGCUGCGGAUUUCGCCAUCCCACAUGCGAAAACCGAGGCCGACAUUGAACAUAUCAACAAAUUGCUGCAUAUAGGCGGCGGGUUCGGCUUUCUCGGGUUGAUUUCUGGUUGGUAUCUUGCGAUUCUUACAGCCUGCGAAGCUGUGGGCAUUCCGUGCCCACUACCCGUCUUCGAUCUGAGCAGCAGAGUCUUUCCAAACAAAAACAGGGCCGACCAAGUCGCUGAACAUUGA